ACCCAUCAAGUUGCCUUUGAACGAGGCAAUUGGAGUCACCCUUUGCAUUAUUUAUCCUCUUAGAUCAUCUUUGGCAGCAACGCAGAAGAAUGUGUCGGAAAGACCGCAUGUAAUGCUGAUAGAUAACGUGGUGUGGAACAAAGAGAUGGAGAAGAAAGACAGCAGCACCGAAGGGGAAUCAAGCACGGUCUCACCGGACGUUCAAGCUUUCUUCGACUUGGUCGAUCGAGAAGGCCGUCGUCGUCGUCGUCGCCUGGAGUUGCUGAAUAAGAAGGAGGAGGAGGCGAGCUCAGGGAAGCAGCCAGCAAACAACGUCGUCCCAUGGCAGCCCAAGUUCGAGAUGGAAGAUUUCGAGCUGUCAUCAGAGAGAGUACAGCUCAGCUCAGCUAAGCCAUGUUACCAAGGAGAUGACGGUUGCUCGGGUAGAGGGAUAAAGAGGAAGAGCGAGUUGACUCCUCCUCCUCCUUCGAUCCAUAAGAAACAUGCUAGUAGAAGAUUUGAGUUUGAUCUGAACAAGACCAAUGAUUCCUUCUAAGGUGAGCCACCUAUCUGAUGCUUGUUUCUUUGUUGUACUGAUCCCCAUCAACAGCAAAUGUUG